AUUGAAAGUUGUAACUUAUAUUGUUGACGUUGACACAACAUAAAACAGCAAAACAAUUUAUCGUAUAUAAGUGUAUAAUCUAUGAAUUUAUCAUUCGCAGUUUUAGUUUGCCGAUAGUCGCGAUUGUUCUGAAAUUUAAAUCUUUACCUUUCGUAGCUAUUACGUACCGAGAUGAGUGAAACACGAGAGAAUAUUUUCUUAUUUGUUCCCAAUAUCAUAGGCUAUGCACGGAUUAUACUUGCUAUAGUCUCGUUCUACUAUAUGCCCACGCAUUGUGGGUUUGCUUGUAUAUGUUAUAUUACUUCAGCCCUGUUGGAUGCGAUCGAUGGACAUGCGGCGCGUUAUUUUAAUCAAAGUACCAAAUUUGGAGCAAUGUUGGACCAACUUACAGACCGAGCUGGUACUGCUGGACUCCUCAUGACCCUUGCUACAUUUUACCCAAAAUACACCUUUUGGUUUCAAAUAUCUAUGAUCAUUGAUAUCACUUGCCAUUGGAUCUUUCUACAUGCAUCAAUUUUACAAGGAAAGACUUCCCAUAAAUUCAUUGAUAUGUCAGAAAACCCGAUUAUGCAUGUUUAUUAUACAAAUAAGACAGUGUUAUUCUGCAUGUGUGCUGGAAAUGAAGCCUUCUAUGCUGCUCUCUAUGUCAGCUACUUCUAUACAGGAUUAACAAUUUUCGGAAUUGGAAUAUUUCCCAUGAUAGCUGUUCUGUCGGCGCCCGUUGCUCUAGUCAAGACACUGAUCUCAGUACUCCAUGCUAUUGUUGCCUCAAUCAACCUAGCAACCAUUGACAAUCAAGAGAGAGCUGCCAUUGCUGCCAAACAAUCUAAUUAGUAAGAAAAAUAACACUAAAUAGAUUUUCUCAAGAGUCCUUGUCCAAAAAAGUAUGUACUAAACAAUCAUACAUAUUAUUAAAAUUAGAUAACUAAUUGGUUAUUGUGUUUAUUUAAAUUACCACUAAUAUGUUUACUAAAACAACCUAAUUUUGUUAGUUUAAUUUAUGCAGUGGUAUAUAAAUAAUUGUGACACAUUUGAAAUUUGAAUACAAAAGUAUCAUGAGUGUUCUCUUUAAUUGCUAAAUGUUGUUUAAUACUUAGGUAUUUUUUUUUGUUAAUUUAUUUACUUGUUCCAUUUAUUUUAUUAUUCAUUUAAAUGUCUCGAAUUAUAAAGUAAUAGAUAGAACAUAUUUACUUUAUACUAGAUUUUCGCCGAUUUCGCGAUUUCGAACUUCUUUCAUCCCCUCUUUCAACCCUUUCUACCCUUUUUUCGCAAUAAAAAGUAGCCUAUGUCCUUUCCCAAGUUCACUUCUAUCUCCAUACCAAAUUUUAUCAAAAUCGGUUCAGAGGUUUAGGCAUGAAAGCGUAACAGACAGACAGACAGAGUUACUUUCGCAUUUAUAAUAUAAAUAGGGAUAUAUACAAAACAAGUACACAUUUUAAGAUCUGUAAAACUGUACAUUAUCUGCUGUAUAAUUAAUUUUUACUUGUUGUAAUUAUUAAUGAUUUUGUGAUAUUUUAAAACAUUCAUUUAUUUUGGUAAUUUAUUCUAAUAAUCAAAUGUUUUGUUUAUUCUUUAUUUUUGAAUCAUGGCCAAAUAUUUGAUAUUAGUGGUAAUAAGAUAGUCUGUGUAGUUAUGAAUUUUAUAGAUGUUGCUAUCUAGAUUAAGCUAUAGAUAUUUAAUGUAAGUACAAAUAAAAAAAUUGUCACCCCUCUACUCGUAAAUGAUUAUACAUACAGAAAAGAUCAUAAAGUGGAAGCGAUCAUAUUUAUAUGAUAUCAAGAUAUCAAUUAUAUUGACAAGUUUAAAGUCGUCAAAAUAGAUAUUUUAGUGUUUUUAAAGUGUUCACAUGAAACUCAUUCCCACGCUUAUAUUAAACAGGACAGGUUAUUGUUUAAUACCAAUGUAAUGGACCUUCUAUUAUAUUAUUUGUUGCAUUUAUAUUUAUUAUAAAUUAUAAUAUUUCAAGACAUAUUCCUCAUAAACUAAGAACUUUGUUAAUUGCAUUUUCUGAUUACUAAUUAAGAUGUUUUAUUGGCUAUAAGUAUUUCAUGUAAUAUUGUGUCUUAUUUAUUGCUGCUCCUCAAAUUGAUGUUGUGUUAAAAUGUAAUAAAUGUGAAAAACAUGAAUAAAA